ACUACAAUAGAGUGAAAAAAUACUACUAAAUCUGAUGAAACACUACUAGUCUUUGAAAAUCACUACUACUCUUAAACUGACUAAAUAGUAAUUAAACAAGACAUAUACCAGAUCUGGAAUUCCAAACACACUUAAAUGCCUCCAAUAUGGAACUUCAAUCCACCUAUAGUCCAAACGACGUAGGCAAGGCGGAUGCAAACGACAUAGGGGAGGCAGAUUUAAACGACGAUGAUGCCGGUGAGGGCGGCGAAGGCAAGGACGACGCAGAUGACAUCAGCGGUGGCAAAGGCGGCGCAUGCAACAUCAAUUCAUCGGAUGGCGACGAAGGCGAUGUUGUUGCAGACGACGGCGACGCAGGAGAGGGAGGCGCUGAGGACGGCUACGGUGAUGAGAAGGCAGACAUCGCGAGGGCCAAGGGUAGAGAAUAAAGAAAUGGGUUCCGGAUCGUGAGACCGUGAGAGAGAGAGAGAGAGAGAGAGAGAGAGAGAGACGAUGAAGAAAAGGAAAUUAGCUAAAAAUGUGGAGCAGUUUAUUGGCUUCAUCACCUAAAUAUUCGUCUACGUUUAUUUCAAGGGAGCAAUCACAUGUGUGGUUUCCCAAAAUACCCCUCCACCAAAACCACUCUUAGUUUGACGGAAAUAUAAAUUAGUGGGGUUGGGAAGAGUUAUUACGGUGCUAACCCAUUAUAUGGUUACCAUCCCAUCCCAAGAAAAUACUAUUUCUAAC